AUGAAGGUAUAUUCUGGACGAGAUACUAGCGGAAGAAGGCAAGUUGGUAUCGCCGAAAACGUCUGCAUUGAACUUGCAGAUAAACUACUAAAUGAGGGACGAACUGUGUUUGUCGACAACUUUUACACUAGUUACGAGUUAGUAGUCAAAUUUUUACAAUUCAAAACGCAUGUCGUUGGAACUGUACGGCACAACCAAAAAUUUAUGUCACGUUUUGUAAUGUCGUACCCAUUAAAGAAAGGUGAAAUGAUAGCACGAGAAGAUGACAACGAUAUUGCGGUGCUAAAAUCGAGAGAUGUUCGCCAUGUUAGGAUGUUAUCAACAAAGCAUGUACCUAUCAUGAGUUCAAGCUCGGAUUCUACUCACCGCGGUCGUCCUCCGAAACAGAAACCUCUGGCGAUACUGGCAUAUAAUAAAAGGGAAAUUGGCAUUGACAGAAGUGAUCAGUUGGUGUCAUAUGCCACAACGAUACACAAAGGAACAAGUAUAGUAAAUGCUCACAUCGUGUAUCAGAGAACCACAAAUAAAAAAAUAAAAAUUAGAAAAUUUCGGGAACUUCUCGUUACCGAAUUGUUAUUCUCGGAAAAUGCUGUGCUUGACAAUAAUAGAAAUAAAAUGUUGAGGAACGUUUUCCACUGUUUAGACAUUCGUAAGAAUCAGCAGGGCAACACUAUAAGAAGAGCGAGCACCCUAUGUUACAAAAAGAAGAGGCGAAUUACUGAGCGCCAAAAAGCGAGAAAAAAUCUAAAAAGAACCAUAACAUAUUGUUCCAAUUGUCCAAAAUCAUCUCAAAUGWGUUUAGAGUGUYUUCACGAAAAACAUGCGACAUAG